CGGGGAUGUUGGGCUUCCUGCACGGCCGGCGGACUCCCCGACUGCAGGGCAAUGAGGGCGGGGGCAGGGGAGACGGCCCCAGCCGCCCCAGCCGCCCCAGCGGUGUUGAGGAGGUGUGCUACAUCCAGCUGCCGAGAGUCGACGACGGCGACGCUGCCGCACAGCAGGCCAUCCACCACACACAGACGGGCCAUCCCGAGGUCACCUUGCAGUGCUCCUAGCGCAUCUCUGUGUGUGUGGCCAUCGGCCUCUGAUGUCUGUGUCCCUCCCUCCCUCAAUGCAUUGCAGAUGUCAGCGUCGGCCUCGAGUGACCAGGUCCCUCUGCUGCAGGACGAUGAACAGGGGCUGAUGGAGCCCCAGCUGCCGGACGUCGCCGAUGACAUCAUCGAGGCACCGAGACGCAUCGAACAGGUGUGAUGGUCUGGUGCCGAGAGCGGCACGAGAACACACUCAUGAGAUGUCUCUCGGACGUCUGUGUGUCAUCUGCAGGUCCCCCUGGUGGGUGCCCCGGCCGUCGACGAUUGGAAACCGACGGAAGACCUGAGAGACAGCAUCGCAAAGGCCAUUGAUGAAUCAGAUGCGGAAGGCCUGCGGAAGGCCCUUGCCGGUCUGUCGCCUGAGCAAGCCGAGAGAGCGUUGACGACUGGAUACUGGAUCGGCGGCGACUCUGCCAUCCACUAUACCGCAAGUACGUGGACACAGAUGAUGCAACCACGUGGUCCCUGUAUGUGCUUCACAGGGAUGUGUAAGGAUGUGGAGGUCUUUAGUGUCUUGCUGCACAACCGACGCCACCUGCUCAACCUGAAAAGUGAUGCUCAGGUAUCAUACUCGCUGAUUAUACUCAUUCUGCCAUCAGCCGAUCGAUGUGUCCACAACAAUCUUCAUGUAGGAUGCUGGGACACCUCUCCAUUACGCAGCAGGGAGCGGGUCAGUUGGUAUUGUGGAGAAGUUUGUCGAGUGGGGCGGACAGGAGCUGCUGGAGGCUCGGACCAAGAGGGUAAGGGUGAGGGAAUGUCGACUGGUGCAUUGGACAGCACGUGUCUUGCUCAUGCUGUAUGUGGCUCAGUUUGGCAACACGCCUUUUCAUUCGGCAGCAGGUCAGCCACAGGUGCAUGAGUCUUCAAUGUGUCCCUUUGCACUCUCCUGCAGGGAAGGGCAAUGCCGAUGUGGUGGCGGUGAUGUUGCCAAUGAAUCCACAGCUCUUGAAGAUCAAAACAAUGUAG